AUGGACGGUGACGAUGACGACAACUUGGUGUGGAGGGACUCAGAGCUGGGCGGCAAGGUGAAGAUCGUUGCGAGCGGGGAGGGCGUGGAUGGGGCGUGGCUCGGCGGCUCGGUGGUCAGCAGCUGCACGCAGCUGCAGGAGGCACUCAUCACCCAGGAGCUCUACAACGAACACGGCCUGGCCAACACCGACUUCUCCUGGCUCACCAGCAACUGA